CCACAGUCCCCAAAAUCCCCAAACUGAAAAUUCAAAGUUUCCGAUGACUCUGUUGAUCUGAAUUCCGUUCAGUCGACGAAUCAUCAUCAUCACAACACCAACCGAUAAACAAAUGGCUGAAAUUCCGUCAUCUUCACCAAAAUUAACUCAACCAUCGAACCCUAUAAUCGAUACUACAAAUCAAGUAUCCGCCGCCGGAGCUGCAUCGUCGGCGACGUCGUCUAAUCCCGGAAUUACGAUGACUUCUCCGUCUAACAACAAUUCAAUCGCACAAUCGCCUUCAAUUGACCUCCCUCAAAUCCCGUUAACCCAAUCUCAGCAACAGCAGCAGCAGCAUCAAAUUCAGAUGCAACAGCCUCAACAAAUGCAGCAGCAGCAGCAGCAAUUGACACAAUCUCAACAACAGCAGCAAAUGCAGCUCCAGCAGCAGCAGAAUAAUUCGAGUAAUCUUAACGGCAGUAACAGCAACUUGAUGUCCGCCUCUAAUUUUCAGAUGCAGCAAAACUUGCAGAGAUCACCCUCAAUGGCGAGAAUGAGUCAAUUGCAAAUGCAACAGCAGCAACAACAAUUUGGUUUGAUGAGGCAGCAAUCAGGAGGACUUUAUGGUCAAAUGAAUUUUGGGGUUGGAGGUACUUCGCUCCAGCAACAGCAGCAACAACAAUUACAACAGCAGCAACAGCAACUGCAGCAACAAUUUCAACAACAGCAACAGCAGCAGCAACAACAGAACCAACAACAGCAGCAAAUAGGUGGUCAGAUGGGUAGCGGAAAUUUAGCUAGGGCAGCUUUAAUGGGACAGACGGGCCAUCUGCCCAUGUUAUCUGGACAAGCUGCUGUUGCAGCAGCGGCUGUUGCCCAGUUCAAUUUGCAAUCUCAAUUUUUGAAUUCGCCACGGCAGAAGGCGGGUCUAAUGCAGGGGAAUCAAUUCCAUACAGGGAAUUCCCAUGGCCAGUCCUUACAGGCAAUGGGGAUGAUGGGGUCUCUCAACAUGAGCUCUCAGUUAAGGGCAAACGGGGCCCUGGCUUAUGCACAAAGGGUGAAUCAAAGUCAGCUGAGGCAACAGCAGUUGUCCCAGCAAAAUCCUCUCACCACUACUCAGAAAAUAUCGGCUCAGAGUCUUCCAAGGACGUCAUUUGCUAACUCUCAGUUACCUGGGUUGACUCAGAAUGGACAAUCUGCAAUUAUGCAGAACAAUUCAUCACAGCAGCAGUGGUUGAAGCCAAUGCCUGCGAUUUCUACUCCUAAUUCCCCUUCCUUUCGUCUUCAACAGCAAAGGCAGCAAAUGCUUCUACAACACCAAAACUCAAUGGGUUUGAACCCACAACAACUAUCCCAAAUUGUACAACAGCAGCAACAGAUUGGGCACCCUCAGAUGCAUCAACAGCAACAGCAGCAGCAACAACAACAGCAGCUUUCACAUCAGCAGCAAUCUUCCCCGAGGAUGGCUGCUCCAGCUGGCCAAAAAUCUUUGAGUUUAACUGGAUCACAACCAGAUGCUACUGGAUCCGGAACAACUACUCCGGGGGGGAGUUCAAGUCAGGGGACUGAAGCAAGCAAUCAGCUUCUUGGAAAGAGAAAGAUACAAGAUUUGGUUUCACAGGUGGAUGCGCAGGGAAAGCUUGAUCCUGAAGUUGAAGAUCUUCUUCUAGAGAUUGCUGAUGACUUCAUUGAUUCGGUUACUACAUUUGCUUGCAAUUUGGCGAAGCAUCGGAAAUCUUCAACUUUGGAGUCCAAGGAUGUACUGCUACAUCUAGAGAAAAACUGGCACUUGACUAUUCCAGGCUUCUCAAGUGAAGAGAGGAAACACUAUCCAGAAAAUUCAUCAAGUGAUCUCCACAAAAAGCGUUUGGAUGUGAUACGUACCUUGAUGGAGUCCUCACAAACAGAAACAAGUACAAAUAGUAGUGCUAAGGAAACCGUCAGACCAGGGGCGGGUGAAUCAAAUCACAUGAUCAGACCUCCAAGUUCAGACAACAUGGUUUCACAGUCUAAUGCUUCUCAAAUGUUGCAUGAGAUGACAAGGUUUUGAUGGUCCCUGGAGUUCUUGGUGUAUCUCCCGUGUUAACUGUACAGACCUUGAUGAUCAAGAAAUGGGAGGCAUAGGUUAUAUAGGUGUAGCAUAAUGGAAGUUUUUACAAGACGUUGGAGGCAUCUGAAGGAACAUUGCAGAAUGAACCACCAAUAGUUGAAUGGUUUUGAAGGGCCUGUAAUUACGCAGUUUAGUUUACAGUAGCUAGCUAAUUCAGCCUGUGAGGAUGAAGUUGCUCAAAUUUGGUUUCUCCACCAUACCCCUCUGGAAAACAUGUUUACUAGUCCUGUAAAUUAAUUCCUGAUACCAAAGAAUGAGGUUAAGUUCUUUGUUUUCCCCUUUAUCAUAGUUGAAACGCUGUAUCAGACAGGUUUUAUGAUGUUACAAAUCAUAAACGGUUUUUUUUU